GCUGGUUGUAUUCACUGCGAAACUAUUAGUUUACAUUUCCGGUGAAACAGUUUGUUGGCAACCAGAAUGCCAGCCCAAAAGAGAUACGCUGGAAUCCAUGAUGCUGUCAGGCAUGGUGAUGUAUUGGAGCUGGAGUCCAUGGUGAAGAAUGGUGCCAGUAUAAAUGAAGUGGAGGAUUCAGAUAAAUUCACCCCAUUGCACACUGCCUGUAAUUCUGGGGCAUUAGAGUGUGUUCAUUGGUUGCUUUGGCAUGGUGCUGAUGCCACAGUAGCCACAACAAAAGGAUGGACACCAGCCCACAUUUCAGCAAUCAGAGGACAGGAUGCCUGCAUGCAGGCACUUGUAAACAAUGGGGUCAGCAUGUCCUCAAAAGAUUCAAGGGGAAGCACUCCUGCCCACCUUGCAGCUGCUCAUGGAAACUCUUUCACACUCAACACUAUCUUAAGAGCUGGAAUUGAUGUGAACGUGACAGACAACUUUGGAUGGAGUUUGGUUCAUUCUGCAGCAUAUCAUGGACGUCUAGGCUGUCUACAGUUGUUGAUCAAAUGGGGUGCAAAUAUAGAUGAAGUGGACAAGGCUGGCAACACACCAGCUCACCUGGCUGGUGGUGAGGGGCAGCUGCCCUGCCUGAAGUAUCUAGUCAGUACAGGUGUGAACCCUAUGCAUGUCCUUGGUGCCAGGAAUGACCAGGGGGAGACCGCAAAAGACUUAGCCCAGCAGUUUUACAAGGACCAUGUUGUGGAAUACAUUAAUGGAAUAGAGUGGGAAAGAGACCACCCAGAAGAAGCUGAGAACCUAGCCUUCCCAGCUCAUGUUGCAGCCUACUCCGGGGACCUAGAUCAUCUACGCAUGUUAGUGGAAAAUGGUGUCAUCAACAUUAAUGAGAGGGACGACAAAGGAUCAACUCCAGCUCACAAAGCUGCUGGAAAUGGUCAUCUCCAUGUUCUUCAGUGGUUAGUGGAAAUGGGAGCCAAUAUGACUAUCACAAACCAGGCUGGGGAAACCCCACGAGACGUGGCCAGGAGAUUUGGUCAGCUAGCUUGUGUCAAGCUUCUGGGGGGAGAUCCAGAGGAGGAAACAUCAGUAGUGGUGGGGCAGGAGGAUGAGGAGGAUGGGGAAGAGGAUGUAGAGGCCAGCACAGAGGGGCGAGGGGUGGCCCAGACAGAGAGGCAGAAACAGGAGGCAAGAUCACGGGCCAAGAAGAGAGUGGGUGAGCUGGAGAGGAUGCUAGAGAUAUCCAAAAAGAACUACACUCAGUUAGGAGGGAGGCUGGCUGAGGACAAGAAACGCAUGCAGCAGAUCAGGGACAAAGACAAGACAAUCACUGAGCUGGAAGCACAGCUUGACUAUGAGAGACUCAGGAGAGAGAAGCUUGAGGCUCAGCUAGAUGAAUACAGAAGAGAAAUAUCGGAGAUGAAGUACCAGCUACAGUCCAGGGUUUAUGGAGAAGAAACUACUGAUGACGAAAUUGAAUCAGCUUUAGCAAGAGCAAAGAAAAGUGGAAAGAAAUCUGGAAAGAAAUUGUCCCGCCGUAAGCCUGAUGAUGAGGACACCGGUGUCUUCAUAAAAAGAAAUAUGUCUAAUCCAAAGAAAAGCAAUAAAUACAGAAUAGUCUGAACACAAGAUGAAAUUAAAGAUCUGAAUUUCUUGACUGGACCUCAAUAGAGAGGAGUGUAGCAAUCCAUGUAAACUGAAGGCGGUCUCUGCACAGCUGUUUGGUAGAGAAAAUUUAAAACUGUUUCUUAAUUGGCUUGUAGUCACACAUAUUGUAGAAUUCUUGUAUUAACCAGGUGUUAUGUUUGGAAGCAAUGUAAGGUGACUCAAUCAUUCUACACAGUAUGCAUGUACAGUAAAACAUGGUUACAGUGAACAUAACUUAUAAUGAAGUCACACUUACAGCGAAGUGAUUAUCCUUCCUUGUGGUUUUUUAAAACAUAUUGUUAAUUUUUUGGAUAUAACGAAUUAAUGAAUAAAAAUGGUUUGUCCCCAGCACUUUGCUAAUGAUGUGUUUUGCUGUAUAUCUUCGUGAUAGCUUAAAAUUUCAGUCCUAGUGAUACGUAUAACAGACAAAACAAAAAUACACCCAACACAGGAUAUUGUUUCUUCAGUGUUAACUGUGAUAUUAUGUUUUAUGAACCUUGAUCAUAGUGCAUUUUGAACAAAUGUCAUGUUUAAAUUAAAUAUUGUUAAGUGAGUGUGUAUGUGAGAGUAUAAUGUUGUAGAUGUAAUUUAAUGUUAGUCAUUAUGAAGUGGUGACAUUUUGUUUGUUUGUUCAAAUUGGGAAAUAGGUAUUGUACAUUAACAUGAAUGACAACCAUUUUUUAAAAUUCUGUAAUUCAAAAAUAAAAUUUUUACGCAAAUCA